CGCUCUGACGUGGACCCCGGGGCCGCGAGCGCGGCGGGGGGGUCGGCAGCCCGGGGGCUUCUUAAACCCCCUGCCCGGGCCCGGCCCGCACUUCCCGAGCACUGCUCCGCCCCGGGAGCGAGAGAGAGAGCCCCAGCCGGACAGCGCAGCCGCUCAGCCCAGGAGGCCCGCGAGCCCCGCCAGCCAGGGAGAAGUUAACCGAGAGCGCGGUGUCCCGCCCGCCCGCCAGCACCCGCAGCCCGACCCCAGGCCGCACGCCCCCGGCCCCCCGCCGCGCCAGCCAGCAUGAUGAACAACGGCAGCUACUCGGACGCCUCCGGCCUCGGCCUGGCCGACGAGGCGGACGAGAUGCCGUCCACCGAGAAGGACCUAGCGGAGGACGCGCCGUGGAAGAAGAUCCAGCAGAACACCUUCACGCGAUGGUGCAACGAGCACCUGAAGUGUGUGGGCAAGCGCCUGACCGACCUGCAGCGCGACCUCAGCGACGGGCUGCGCCUCAUCGCGCUGCUCGAAGUGCUCAGCCAGAAGCGCAUGUACCGCAAGUUCCACCCGCGCCCCAACUUCCGCCAGAUGAAGCUGGAGAACGUGUCUGUGGCCCUGGAGUUCCUGGAGCGCGAACACAUCAAGCUCGUGUCCAUCGACAGCAAGGCCAUCGUGGAUGGGAACCUGAAGCUGAUCCUGGGCCUGAUCUGGACCCUGAUCCUUCACUACUCCAUUUCCAUGCCCAUGUGGGAGGAUGAGGAGGACGAGGACGCCCGCAAACAAACACCCAAGCAGCGUCUGCUUGGCUGGAUCCAGAACAAGGUGCCCCAGCUGCCCAUCACCAACUUUAAUAGAGACUGGCAGGACGGCAAGGCUCUGGGCGCCCUGGUGGACAACUGUGCCCCUGGUCUGUGCCCUGACUGGGAAGCCUGGGACCCCAACCAGCCUGUGCAGAAUGCCAGAGAGGCCAUGCAGCAGGCAGAUGACUGGCUCGGGGUGCCCCAGGUGAUUGCCCCUGAAGAGAUCGUGGACCCCAACGUGGACGAGCACUCUGUGAUGACCUACCUGUCCCAGUUUCCUAAGGCCAAGCUCAAACCUGGCGCCCCUGUUCGCUCUAAGCAGCUGAACCCCAAGAAAGCCAUUGCCUACGGGCCUGGCAUCGAACCCCAGGGUAACACUGUGCUGCAGCCAGCCCACUUCACCGUGCAGACAGUGGAUGCUGGCGUGGGCGAGGUGCUGGUCUACAUCGAGGACCCCGAGGGGCACACGGAGGAGGCCAAAGUGGUUCCCAACAAUGACAAGGACCGCACGUAUGCCGUCUCCUAUGUGCCCAAGGUUGCUGGGCUACACAAGGUGACUGUGCUCUUUGCCGGCCAGAACAUCGAGCGUAGUCCAUUUGAGGUGAACGUGGGCAUGGCUCUCGGGGAUGCCAACAAAGUAUCAGCCCGUGGCCCCGGCCUGGAACCUGUGGGUAACGUGGCCAACAAACCCACCUACUUUGACAUCUAUACUGCAGGGGCUGGCACUGGUGAUGUUGCUGUGGUGAUCGUGGACCCACAGGGCCGGCGGGAUACGGUAGAGGUGGCCCUGGAGGACACGGGUGACAACACGUUCCGCUGCACGUACAGACCUGUGAUGGAGGGGCCACACACAGUGCACGUGGCCUUUGCUGACGCCCCCAUCACCCGGAGCCCUUUCCCUGUUCAUGUGGCGGAAGCCUGUAACCCCAAUGCCUGCCGCGCCUCUGGGCGAGGCCUGCAGCCCAAAGGUGUGCGUGUGAAAGAGGUGGCUGACUUCAAGGUGUUCACCAAGGGUGCUGGCAGCGGGGAACUCAAGGUUACCGUCAAGGGCCCAAAGGGCACAGAGGAGCCCGUGAAAGUUCGGGAGGCUGGGGACGGCGUGUUCGAGUGCGAGUACUACCCUGUGGUCCCUGGGAAGUAUGUGGUGACCAUCACAUGGGGUGGCUAUGCCAUCCCCCGCAGUCCCUUUGAGGUCCAGGUGAGCCCAGAGGCCGGAGCCCAGAAAGUGCGGGCGUGGGGUCCUGGUUUGGAGACCGGCCAGGUGGGCAAGUCGGCUGACUUCGUGGUGGAAGCCAUUGGCACGGAAGUGGGCACGCUGGGCUUCUCCAUUGAGGGGCCCUCACAAGCCAAGAUAGAGUGUGACGACAAGGGCGACGGCUCCUGUGAUGUGCGGUACUGGCCCACUGAGCCUGGGGAGUACGCCGUGCACGUCAUCUGCGAUGACGAGGACAUCCGAGACUCGCCCUUCAUCGCCCACAUUCAGCCAGCCCCACCGGACUGCUUCCCAGACAAGGUGAAAGCCUUUGGACCUGGCCUGGAGCCCACUGGCUGCAUCGUGGACAAGCCGGCCGAGUUCACUAUUGAUGCCCGCGCCGCCGGCAAGGGAGACCUGAAGCUCUAUGCCCAGGAUGCAGAUGGCUGCCCCAUCGAUGUCAAGGUGAUCCCCAAUGGUGACGGUACCUUCCGCUGCUCCUACGUACCCACCAAGCCCAUUAAGCAUACCAUCAUCGUCUCCUGGGGUGGUGUCAACGUGCCCAAGAGCCCUUUCAGGGUGAGUGUGGGAGAGGGCAGCCACCCUGAGCGGGUAAAGGUAUAUGGCCCCGGAGUGGAGAAGACAGGCCUGAAGGCCAAUGAGCCCACCUACUUCACAGUGGACUGCAGCGAAGCUGGACAAGGCGACGUAAGCAUUGGCAUCAAGUGUGCACCUGGUGUGGUGGGGCCCGUGGAAGCUGACAUCGACUUUGACAUCAUCAAGAAUGACAAUGACACCUUCACUGUCAAAUAUACACCCCCAGGGGCUGGCCACUACACCAUCAUGGUGCUGUUCGCCAACCAGGAGAUCCCUGCCAGUCCCUUCCACAUCAAGGUGGACCCAUCCCAUGACGCUAGCAAGGUCAAGGCUGAGGGCCCCGGGCUGAGCCGCACAGGUGUGGAAGUUGGAAAGCCAACUCACUUCACCGUGCUAACCAAAGGAGCCGGCAAGGCCAAGCUGGGUGUGCACUUCGCCGGGGCAGCCAAGGGCGAGGCCGUGCGGGACUUUGAAAUUAUUGACAACCAUGAUUACUCAUACACAGUCAAGUACACCGCUGUCCAGCAGGGCAACAUGGCAGUCACAGUGACCUACGGUGGGGACCCUGUCCCCAAAAGCCCCUUUGUGGUUAAUGUAGCACCCCCAUUGGACCUCAGCAAAGUCAAAGUUCAAGGACUUAACAGCAAGGUGGCUGUCGGGCAGGAACAGGCGUUCUCCGUGAAUACAAGAGGGGCUGGCGGUCAGGGUCAACUAGAUGUGCGGAUGACCUCACCCUCCCGACGACCUAUCCCCUGCAAACUGGAGCCUGGGGGCGGAGCAGAAGCCCAGGCCGUACGCUACAUGCCCCCUGAAGAGGGACCUUACAAAGUGGACAUCACCUAUGACGGUCACCCAGUGCCUGGCAGCCCCUUUGCCGUGGAAGGUGUCCUGCCCCCUGACCCCUCCAAGGUCUGCGCUUAUGGCCCUGGUCUCAAGGGUGGACUUGUAGGUACCCCGGCACCAUUCUCCAUUGAUACCAAAGGGGCUGGCACGGGAGGCCUGGGGCUGACCGUUGAGGGCCCCUGCGAAGCCAAGAUCGAGUGCCAAGACAAUGGGGAUGGGUCCUGUGCGGUCAGCUAUCUGCCCACAGAGCCAGGCGAGUACACCAUCAACAUCCUGUUUGCUGAAGCCCACAUCCCUGGCUCGCCCUUCAAGGCCACCAUCCAGCCUGUGUUCGACCCAAGCAAGGUGAGGGCCAGUGGGCCAGGCCUGGAGCGUGGCAAGGCCGGAGAGGCUGCCACCUUCACUGUGGACUGCUCGGAAGCAGGUGAGGCUGAGCUCACCAUUGAGAUCCUGUCAGACGCCGGCGUCAAAGCCGAGGUGCUGAUCCACAACAACGCGGAUGGCACCUACCACAUCACCUACAGCCCCGCCUUCCCCGGCACCUACACCAUCACCAUCAAGUAUGGCGGCCACCCCAUACCCAAGUUCCCCACCCGUGUCCACGUGCAGCCUGCAGUUGAUACCAGUGGCAUCAAGGUCUCCGGGCCGGGUGUGGAGCCACAUGGUGUCCUUCGGGAGGUGACGACUGAGUUUACUGUGGACGCGAGGUCUCUGACAGCCACGGGUGGCAACCACGUGACCGCUGGCGUACUCAACCCCUCGGGCGCCAAGACAGACACCUAUGUGACGGACAAUGGGGACGGCACCUACCGAGUGCAGUACACUGCCUAUGAAGAGGGCGUGCAUCUGGUGGAGGUGCUCUAUGACGAAGUCGCCGUGCCCAAGAGCCCCUUCCGAGUGGGUGUGACUGAGGGCUGCGAUCCCACCCGAGUCCGAGCCUUUGGGCCAGGCCUGGAGGGUGGCUUGGUCAACAAGGCCAACCGCUUCACCGUGGAAACCAGGGGUGCCGGCACGGGAGGCCUUGGCCUAGCCAUUGAGGGCCCCUCAGAAGCGAAGAUGUCCUGCAAGGACAACAAGGAUGGCAGCUGCACAGUGGAGUACGUCCCCUUCACCCCUGGAGACUACGACGUCAACAUCACCUUUGGGGGACAGCCCAUCCCAGGGAGCCCAUUCCGAGUUCCUGUGAAGGAUGUGGUGGACCCCGGGAAGGUGAAGUGCUCAGGCCCAGGGCUGGGGACGGGCGUCAGGGCGCGAGUACCUCAGACCUUCACAGUGGACUGCAGUCAAGCCGGCCGGGCCCCUCUGCAGGUGGCCGUGCUGGGCCCCACAGGUAUGGAACAGAAUGCCUGGGCUAAGCAACGAAGUGGAGUGAGGUUCCGGGAAGCCCUGUUGACGCCCCACCCCCGCCUUUGUCCAGGUGUGGCUGAGCCUGUGGAGGUGCGUGACAAUGGCGACGGCACCCACACUGUCCACUACACACCUGCCACUGAUGGGCCCUACACAGUCGCUGUCAAGUAUGCUGACCAGGAGGUGCCUCGCAGCCCUUUCAAGAUCAAAGUGCUUCCAGCCCAUGAUGCCAGCAAGGUGCGGGCCAGCGGACCUGGCCUCAAUGCUUCUGGCAUCCCUGCCAGCCUACCGGUGGAGUUCACCAUCGAUGCUCGGGAUGCGGGGGAGGGGCUGCUCACUGUCCAGAUCCUGGAUCCGGAGGGUAAACCCAAGAAGGCCAACAUCAGAGACAAUGGGGACGGCACAUAUACUGUGUCCUACCUGCCAGAUAUGAGUGGUCGAUACACCAUCACCAUCAAGUACGGCGGCGAUGAGAUCCCUUACUCACCCUUCCGCAUUCACGCCCUGCCUACAGGGGAUGCCAGCAAGUGCCUUGUCACAGUGUCCAUUGGAGGCCACGGAUUGGGCGCCUGCCUGGGUCCCCGAAUCCAGAUCGGAGAGGAGACUGUGAUCACAGUGGAUGCCAAGGCAGCAGGCAAGGGCAAGGUGACCUGCACGGUGUCCACGCCAGACGGGGCAGAGCUCGACGUGGACGUGGUUGAGAACCAUGAUGGUACCUUCGAUAUCUACUACACGGCGCCUGAACCGGGCAAAUACGUCAUCACCAUCCGCUUCGGGGGUGAACACAUCCCCAACAGCCCCUUCCAUGUGCUGGCGUGUGACCCCCUGCCUCGCGUGGAGGAGCCUACAGAAGUGCUGCAGCGGCACCAGCCCUAUGUCCCUCUUCGGCCUGGCACCUGCCCCACACACUGGGCCACAGAGGAGCCCGUGGUGCCCGUGGAGCCGUUGGAGUCCAUGCUGAGGCCCUUUAACCUGGUCAUCCCCUUCACGGUGCAGAAAGGGGAGCUCACAGGGGAGGUGCGGAUGCCUUCUGGUAAGACAGCACGUCCCAACAUCACCGACAACAAAGACGGUACCAUCACAGUGAGGUAUGCACCGACAGAGAAAGGCCUGCACCAGAUGGGAAUCAAGUAUGAUGGCAACCAUAUCCCUGGGAGUCCUCUACAGUUCUACGUGGAUGCCAUCAACAGCCGCCAUGUCAGUGCCUAUGGGCCAGGUCUGAGCCACGGCAUGGUCAACAAGCCUGCCACCUUUACGAUUGUCACCAAGGAUGCUGGGGAAGGGGGUCUGUCACUGGCUGUGGAGGGUCCAUCUAAGGCAGAGAUCACCUGCAAGGACAACAAGGAUGGCACAUGCACUGUGUCCUACCUACCCACAGCACCCGGAGACUACAGCAUCAUUGUACGCUUUGACGACAAGCACAUUCCGGGGAGCCCCUUCACGGCCAAGAUCACAGGUGACGACUCAAUGAGAACAUCCCAACUUAAUGUGGGCACCUCCACGGAUGUGUCACUGAAGAUCACUGAGAGUGACCUCAGCCAGCUGACAGCCAGCAUCCGUGCCCCUUCAGGCAACGAGGAGCCAUGCCUGCUAAAGCGCCUGCCCAACAGACACAUUGGGAUCUCCUUUACCCCCAAGGAGGUCGGUGAGCAUGUGGUGAGCGUCCGCAAGAGUGGCAAGCAUGUCACCAACAGCCCCUUCAAGAUUUUGGUGGGGCCUUCAGAGAUCGGCGAUGCCAGCAAAGUUCGCGUCUGGGGCAAGGGUCUUUCUGAGGGGCACACCUUCCAGGUGGCGGAGUUCAUCGUGGACACUCGCAAUGCAGGAUACGGAGGCCUGGGGCUGAGCAUCGAAGGCCCUAGCAAGGUGGACAUUAACUGUGAGGAUAUGGAAGAUGGCACGUGCAAAGUUACCUACUGCCCAACCGAGCCCGGGACCUACAUCAUCAACAUCAAGUUUGCUGACAAACACGUGCCUGGAAGCCCCUUCACCGUGAAGGUGACUGGCGAGGGACGCAUGAAGGAAAGCAUCACCAGGCGCCGACAGGCCCCUUCCAUCGCCACCAUUGGCAGCACCUGCGACCUCAACCUCAAGAUCCCAGGAAACUGGUUUCAGAUGGUGUCCGCCCAGGAGCGCCUGACCCGCACCUUCACGCGCAGCAGCCACACGUACACCCGCACAGAGCGGACAGAGAUCAGCAAGACUCGGGGUGGGGAAACCAAGCGGGAAGUCCGGGUGGAAGAGUCCACCCAGGUUGGCGGAGACCCCUUCCCUGCUGUUUUCGGUGACUUCCUGGGCCGGGAACGCCUAGGCUCCUUCGGCAGCAUCACCAGGCAGCAGGAAGGUGAGGCCAGCUCUCAGGACAUGACAGCCCAGGUGACCAGCCCAUCUGGCAAGAUGGAAGCUGCAGAGAUCGUUGAGGGCGAGGACAGCGCCUACAGUGUACGCUUUGUGCCCCAAGAGAUGGGUCCUCACACAGUCGCGGUCAAGUACCGCGGCCAGCACGUGCCUGGAAGCCCUUUUCAGUUCACUGUGGGCCCACUGGGUGAAGGCGGGGCCCACAAGGUGCGGGCUGGAGGCACAGGCCUGGAGCGAGGUGUGGCUGGUGUGCCAGCUGAGUUCAGCAUCUGGACCCGAGAAGCUGGCGCUGGGGGCCUGUCUAUUGCUGUGGAAGGUCCCAGCAAGGCAGAGAUUGCAUUUGAAGACCGCAAAGAUGGUUCCUGUGGCGUCUCCUAUGUGGUCCAGGAGCCAGGUGACUAUGAAGUCUCUAUCAAGUUCAACGAUGAGCACAUCCCCGACAGCCCCUUUGUGGUACCUGUGGCUUCCCUCUCCGACGAUGCUCGCCGCCUCACAGUCACCAGCCUCCAGGAGACGGGGCUCAAGGUGAACCAGCCGGCAUCUUUCGCGGUGCAGCUUAAUGGGGCACGUGGCGUGAUCGAUGCUAGGGUGCACACACCCUCGGGAGCCGUGGAGGAAUGCUAUGUCUCCGAGAUAGACAGCGAUAAGCAUACCAUCCGCUUCAUCCCCCAUGAGAAUGGCGUCCACUCAAUCGAUGUCAAGUUCAAUGGUGCCCACAUUCCUGGAAGCCCCUUCAAGAUUCGAGUUGGAGAGCAGAGCCAAGCUGGGGACCCGGGCUUGGUGUCAGCCUAUGGGCCUGGGCUUGAGGGAGGCACUACUGGUGUGUCUUCAGAGUUCAUUGUCAACACCCAGAAUGCAGGCUCAGGGGCCUUGUCUGUCACCAUUGACGGCCCUUCUAAGGUGCAGCUGGACUGCCGGGAGUGUCCUGAGGGCCAUGUCGUCACUUACACUCCCAUGGCCCCCGGUAACUACCUCAUUGCCAUCAAGUAUGGUGGCCCUCAGCACAUCGUGGGCAGCCCCUUCAAAGCAAAGGUCACAGGUCCCAGGUUGUCUGGAGGCCACAGCCUUCAUGAAACAUCCACAGUUCUGGUGGAGACUGUGACCAAGUCCUCCUCGAGCCGCGGCGCCAGCUACAGCUCUAUCCCCAAGUUCUCCUCGGAUGCCAGCAAAGUGGUGACAAGGGGGCCUGGUCUGUCCCAGGCCUUUGUGGGUCAGAAGAACUCAUUCACCGUGGACUGCAGCAAAGCAGGCACCAACAUGAUGAUGGUGGGUGUGCACGGGCCCAAGACGCCCUGUGAAGAGGUGUACGUGAAGCACAUGGGGAACCGGGUAUACAACGUCACCUACACUGUCAAGGAAAAAGGAGACUACAUCCUCAUUGUCAAAUGGGGUGACGAGAGUGUCCCUGGGAGCCCCUUCAAGGUCAAUGUGCCCUGAAUCCCGGAAGUGCCUCCCCCAGCCCUGGCCCCCACUUCCUGCCAAACUCACACCCACGCGAACGUGCCACACCCGUAUGCACACUCACAGACCCAGACACUAAAACACCUGCCUCAGGUGUGAAGUGAGGGGCACCACACCCCACCCCACUGUGCACUUGAGGGGUGGAGGGCCUCUCUCCUGUCUGGGAUCAGUGUCCCUCACACGUGGCCCGAGGGCAGACAAGUCAGGGGCGGAGACUGUGAUAUAUGGGGUUGGGCAGGGGUUGGGGGUCUGGGGAAGCCCCGAGGAUCAUAGUGGGGCAGUGGGCAAGCACUGAGGUGGGGUAUCUGCGUGUGGGAGAAGUCACCCUCACCAACUGCUGUGCCUGAGGACUCUAUUGACACCUCUGGUGGCCACAACCCUAAAGUGAGGGAUUUGGAAAGGAACCACCAGAAGGAAAGCACCAGAACAAGCCGCACAUGGCAUGUGGACUGGCCCCAAGUGACAUGCUCUGCCCAAGCCAGGCUUCCUGGGGGACUGAUUUCUCUUAUUUUUUUUUAUGGUUGCACAGCUCUUCCCUAUUGAGGGGGGUCUUUUUUACACAUUGUGGGGCCCAGCUUCCUGGGAGACUUUUGCACAUGUGGAAAACACCAAAUAAAGUGUAGCUGUUGCA